UUGUGGCUCACGGGACUGUACCGUUGUGAAAGAAGCUGCUGUUUGAAGUUACAUCCACAGCAUCGCAGUGGCAGUGCGCCCAAAAGCUCCCCUGCGAGCGCACGGCACCUCGGAUGUGCGACUUUCCUCCCCCAAAAUAUCCACUGUUAUCUUUGUGUGGGGUAGCGUCAGCUAAAAAAGUCGGAGCGCCAUCCGUGACUCUUCACUCCUGGGAGGAUCUCCUACAGCGCAGACUGAGUUUUGGCCUUCCAAGACACACACUGAGCCUCACAAUGAAGCUCCUGCUCGGUUUGGCCGUCCUGGUGGUGACGCUGGGGGUCCUUCAUUCUGCCACUGAGGACCAGACCACAGAGAUCCCAGAGGACACCCUGAAACAGCUGUCUGAGAAUGGCGAGAAACUGGUGGACGAGGAGGUGAGGAGAGCCCUGUACGGGGUGAAGCAGAUGAAGGAGGUGAUGUGGAGGAACGGGCAGAAGCACGAACACCUCAUGAAGUCCCUCCAACGCAGCAGUGACAAGAAGAAGGGGGCGGCCGAACUGGCGAAGGAGGUGACUGAGAAGCUGGAGGAGGCAGAGGAGCAGUGUAAAGACUCCCUGCAGUCAGAGUGGGAGGAGUGCAGGCCCUGUCUGGAGGAUGCAUGCAAGACUUUCUACACCUCCACCUGCCGCAGGGGAUUUGCCACUUUCCAUGCCAAGGUGGAGAACUUGUUCCGCAGAGUGUCCAGGCGCUUUGGCCCCCGGGAGACUUCCAUCGAGGCAGGGGACAUCCUGGUGAACCAGAGCCCCGACGGCCCUGACACCGAGGUUGCGCGCAUCGAGGAUUCCUUCAACCGCCUCGUCAGCAAGGUUGGCACGCUGGUGGAGCGCAGCGUCACCCUGGUCUCCAGGAUAAGCACCAGGCUCGACAAAGCCCUCCAGAAAGCCUUCCUGAACGACACCGACGUCCUGGCGGAGGAGAGCACCACCGAUCCCUACAACCCCAGCCGAGACUCGGGCUUCCUGCAGGGUGUGGGGUUGGAGGAGGUGCUGGACUCCUUCUUUGACUUUGGCAAGAGCGUGCUGGAUGAGUUUGGAGCGGUGGUGACCCAGGUGUUUGAUGACAUCCACGAGGCAGUGGAGGAAGAGAAGAAGAAAGCGAGGGAAACUUUGCCCCGUUUCCUGCAGAACAGGAAGUUGUGCCGAGACCUUCGCAAGCAGACCUCAGAGUGCUGGCAGCUCCAGAGCCAGUGUGAGGCCUGCCAGGGAACCCUGCUCACAGAGUGCCCCAGUGUCCGAGAUCUGCACAUGGAACUGGACGAGGUAUCCCAGCUGCUGGAUGUGUCCAAAGAACAGUACGACGAGAUCUUGUCUAUUGUCCAGCGCCACACUGAUGAGACCGUCAACUGGCUGAGCAACAUGGCGGCUGAAUUCAGCUGGGUGGGCCAGGCCGUGAGCAACAGCAGCGCCCCCGAGAACAUCUUCCGCAUCACGAAGGUGGCGCCACAGAGCCACGAUCAACACAACUUCUCUGUCGCUGAGACCAAGGUGGAGGUGAACAUCCUGAACUCUUCCCCCCUCAUCCUCUCUGUCCCCGGGGAGCUGGAGCUGCAGGACCCGGCCUUCAUCCAGUUUGUGACCCAGGAGGCCCUGAGCAAGUUCAAGGAGAUAGUCAGGUAUGAGGAGGAGUAAAACCACGGCCUCCUUUCCUGAGCCUCCAUCAGCACUGUCUUCAUGAACAGUACUAGCUUGUGUUCCUGUGUUGUAGCCAAACCUGUUGAAAAUGUAAAUAUGCUCAAGUUGAACCAUGUCAAUCAUUGCUAAAUAUUGAAUAUAUAAAGAAAAUGUACCUCAUACCUCACUUGUUGUCAACUGGUGUAAAUAAAUAAAAACAAAUAGAACACAAUAAAAGUACAUGAUGUCAGUA